GAUCUGCUCCCUCCGGGUGUGUGUAACCUUCUAAACCCUUCCACCAUCUACGCCAACAACGAGGUGUGCCUGGCGGACAUUGAGAUCUAUGGCUUUGACUAUGACUACACUCUGGCUCUGUAUUCCAACUCCCUCCAUUCCAUGAUCUACAACACUGCCAGGGACAUCUUGGUGGAACAGUAUAAGUAUCCAGAAGGGAUCCGCAAAUAUGACUACCUACCAAACUUUGCCAUCCGAGGCUUGCACUAUGACAUUCCCAAGGGCCUACUGAUGAAGAUUGAUGCUUUCCAUUACAUCCAGUUGGGCACAGUUUACAGGGGCCUCAAGCCAGUCCCAGAUGAAGAAGUGAUUGAGUUGUAUCAAGGGACACAUCACAUCCCCCUUCAUCAGGUUAGCGGAUUCUAUGGCAAGGGACCAGCAGUGAAGCAAUUCAUGGACAUCUUUUCCCUUCCUGAGAUGACCCUCCUGGCAGUGGCCAAUGACUUCUUCAUUUCCAACGAUAUCGAUUAUGACCCUAUCCACCUUUACAAGGAUGUCACGGACGCCAUCAGGGAUGUCCACAUCAAAGGCCUUAUGUACAAAUGGAUCCUCCAGGACUUGGAAAACUACAUCCUUCGGGGUGAGGAGACCUAUGCUGUCCUACGCCGCCUGGUGGAUAAUGGCAAGAAGCUCUUUCUCAUCACCAACAGCCCCUUCAGCUUUGUUGACAAAGGCAUGAAGUACAUGGUGGGCAAGGAGUGGAGGGACUUCUUCGAUAUAGUCAUUGUGCAGGCGGAUAAGCCACAUUUCUUUAAUGAUGGCAUCAAACCUUUCCGCCGCUUGGAUGAGAAUGGGGACCUGCAGUGGGAUAAGAUCAUCAAGCUUGAAAAGGGCCAGGUGUACAAGCAGGGGAACCUGUUUGAUUUCCUGCGACUGACUGGUUGGCGGGGAUCUAAAGUCUUCUACUUUGGCGACCAUCUCUACAGUGAUCUGGCAGACCUGAUGCUUCGUCAUGGCUGGCGUACAGGGGCCAUUGUUCCAGAGCUGGAGACUGAGACCAAGAUUGUCAACACGGAGCAGUAUUCCCAGUCACUGACGUGGCUGCAGGCCCUCACUGGCCUACUGGAACGUAUGCAGAUGUUUCGAGAUGCUGAGUCCCAGCAGGUGCUCCAAGACUGGAUGAAGGAGAGGCAGGAGAUGAGGGCCGUCACCAAGAAUUUGUUCAACCCUCAGUUUGGCAGCAUCUUUCGAACUUGCCACAACCCCACCUACUUCUCUCGACGGCUCUGCCGCUUCUCAGACCUCUACAUGGCUUCCAUCAGCUGCCUGCUCAAUUAUGACCUUCGCUACACCUUCUUUCCCCGCCGCACUCCUCUGCAGCAUGAGGCCCCCCUCUGGAUGGACCAGCUCUGCACAGGCUGCAUGAAAACCCCCUUUCUGGAGGAGAUGGCUCACAUUCGUUAGGCUGUAUGCUUCCCCCCCUCCCAUCCUCCCCCUCCACCCAGGGCUGAGCCAUCCGCAAGGCCAGAUUCUUCUGGUCCCAGCACAUCCCCCUUCCCUCUCCUAGCUCACUCCAGGGUUGGGAGUCAAAGGGGGAGGCUCUAUUGGCAUCAGCUGUUGUCUUUGUGCCUCUUCAUCUUGACCACAUUAGGGACCCAGAAGACCCUAUUCCUACUGUCCACUGGAUGGCCAUUCAAAGGGUUUGUCUGCUUUGGUGCUAGGGAGGAACCCGUCCCUGAGGCUUGAGGGAUGGGUGCCCCCAGUUAGGAAUCUUUCUCUUGGCCAAGCAGCAAAGCCCAGCCACAGCCAAGAGAGAGAGACAGAGAGGGAGGGAGAGAGAGAGAGAGAGAGAGAGAGGGAGAGAGAGAGAGAGAGAG